AUGGCCGAUCGCAGAGACAAGGAAGCGCUCGCACGUCUGUGCAAAGGCUAUCUGAACGACCUCAAAACCUUCAAGACAGAGGUAUUGAGGCUGCUCGAUAAGACUUCCGUAGCAGAGCGCAGGCCCUCAACUGUCAAAGUCAAAGCUAUCUUAGGAAGAGGGACCGCAUUUCGACUGCUGGACGACGACUUGCUGCGUCCAGAGCUCCCGUGGGAGAUGGACGGCUUUCAAGUAGACGUUGUGACGGAGGCCAUGGCGGCCUACUCGCUAUAUACCGAGGCCUCCAACCGUCCAGAAUACGCGUCGUUACGCGCGAUGAAACCGAUGGAGCUGGCCGAGAUGUUCCGCUGGGUCGAUUGCGUACAUCCCAUGAAUGGCAGGCUCAUUCCUACACCGAGUCGACAUACAUACGGCCCCAUCGCCUCAUCCAUCUCUACCCUGUUCUCCAGCCUCACUCGGAGGCAGGACGACGAGUUCGUGCAGCUCGCGUGGAAGGACCCGCACAUCAUCGCGCUUGUGAUGGACCUGUGGCUGCACUAUCCUCGCUACCUACUGCACUACGGUGAAGAUCUCUCGGAGACCAUUUGCACCAUCACCGUGUCCGCGCUCUCUACGUUCAAUGGUCUCGCCGCAACUGAGGGGGGCGAAAAUUACAUCGUCAUGCGCCUGCUUGCCAUGGUCGGUGGACGCCACCGCCACCGCCACAUCCUCCGCCUCGUCUCGGAGCAGGUAGCGUUCCUCGAUCGUAUCAACAUCAAGAGCAAGUAUGAAUUCGCCUGGAAGCUGCAAUUCGCGCUCGUGGCUGCCGUGGUGCAGAGCUCGGAGUUCGUUGGCAUCACUGCUCCCCUCUGCUUCUUUCAGUCUCUCAUUACAGGAUAUCAACGCGCCCUGGGCCAGCCCACCGAUGAGAGUAUGAUCGCUCUCUCGGCGGAUGCGACCGAAAUCCUCGACAAUCUUGUCUGCAUGGCGACGCACACGACGGAUUUACGCCGCGCAAUUCGAGCCGGUGUGUACGGAGUGCUCUUCGACGUCGAGCGCACGUGGGGAAAAGGAGAUAAUCUCUUCAGCGCCUCGGUGAAGCACCUUGAGAGCAGCCUUACGAUCGCGAGCAUACUCCGCGCCUCUCAUCGUCGACACGGUGAAGUGCUGCAUCCUCCAGAACAACCCGAUGCACGCAGAUCAUUCAUCGAGGACCGCUUCAAGAGCUUGCUCUCGACGUACAGAAUGGUGUGGCAGCAGUAUACAAAGGCGAAGAGCGUGUCCACUUGGAAGCUCUUGUUUCCCUGCAACAACACGAACGCGGUAGUUCACGAGGCGGAGGUGCGCGCAUGCCCAUGUGGGGAGGCGUUCUACUGCUCGAAGAAGUGCCAACGCGAGCACUGGAAGACCAGCCACCGCGAUCAAUGCCGUCGAGCGGACGAUGUAUGGGGUACCCAAGGUGAUAUCACCCUCGGCGAUGCGGUCUUUCUCUUUGAGAGUGCGCUUCGCGUAGUAGUGUGCAACGAAGAGAAGAUGGCAAAGGAACUCGCGUGCACGCGAUGGGUGAACAACCCGAACCCGAAGUCGGGGCUCUUCAUGAUCGAACUUACCAACCCUACGACGCCACUGGCAGAUGGUGACUUCGAUUGGACCUUAGACGAGGAUUCGGACGACGGUUCCAGUGAUGAGGAUGACGAGGGCGGUGAAGAAGAAGAUGGAGGGGGAGAAACCGGUGCGGCCAAUGAUGAGCUAAGCUCGCCGCGGAAAGACAGAGGAGUCGAAUCGGAGAUCGGGCGAACGGACGACUACGAGGGUCCACACAUCGCAGCGAUCUCGGCCUGGUACUGCAUCGGGGAACUAUAUCCAGAGCAGAAACUGCCCUUCAAGUACGACUUCGCCCUCCGACGUCCCGUCGUGAAGGAUUGA